AUGUCCUCUGCCACGCGAACUGCGCUCGUCGUUCGCCUGGGCCUGGCAGUCAGGCAACCUUCCGUCUGGUCGCUUCUGGUGGGAGGAUACAGCCAGAUACAGAUAGAUGGGAGGGGCGGGCACGGAUCAGAAGGGGUGGGCCCAUUAAGAGCGCAGCUCUGGAUCAGACAGGCAGGUGAGGACCGUCCCGGGACUGUGAGCCUUGUCUGGGGUGGGGAGCAGGAGGUGGAGGUGGCCAUGGGUGAAGGGCCAUGA